AUAUUUUUGCAGGAUUUUUAGCAUCAUUCCCUGAACUUUUCCCUUAUUGUUUUUCAUGAAAUUCUUUGAAGUACUCUCUCAUCAUCAUCUCUCUCUUGCAUCACUCACUCAUCGUACGUAGAGCGUCGAUUUUAUUGAAGGCGCAGAGAGUAGCAGCGUAGGAGUGUUAUUUGGGCUACAUGAACAGUUGUUUGGCACAGUGUUUCUUCUCCCCUCUCCUCACAACAAUUUUGGAUUGAUUUUCUGGAGAGCCAUGUCUCAGCCCAACUGGGAGGCUGAUAAAAUGCUUGACGUUUACAUUUACGACUACCUAGUGAAGAAGAAUCUGCAGGCGUCCGCCAAGGCCUUUCAGGCUGAAGGAAAGGUCUCUUCAGACCCUGUUGCCAUCGAUGCACCUGGUGGUUUCCUCUUCGAAUGGUGGUCUGUGUUCUGGGACAUUUUCAUUGCCCGAACUAACAACGAUAAACACCAUUCCUCUGAUGCUUCCACCACUUAUUCAGAGGCGCAAAUUAGUAGAGGUCGGGAGCAGCAGCCCCAGCUUCAGCAACCUCAGCAGGUGCAGAUGCAGCAGCUUCAAAUGUUACAGAGACAAGUACAACAGCAACAGAGGAGAGAUGGUGUAAACCUUCCGAAUGCUAAUGCAAAUGGUUAUACGGGUAGUGAGAAUAUAGUAAGGCAAAGUCAGGGUAUGGCCAAUGCCAUGGCUACAAAGCUUUACCAGGAGGGCCUUAGGUCUCCUCAUCACAGGGAUGCUAUGGAUGAUGCACUGCCCAUCAAGAGAGAAUUUAGUGAUGGUGUGAGCCCUCAGUUGGAUUCUAACCAAGCUUUGGCACUGAAACCAGCUGGAGCAGCUUCCCAAACUUCAGGUCAAGUCUUACAUGGAAGUACUUGUAACAUGUCCGGAACUCUUCAGCAAGUUCAAGCUCGUAACCAGCAGCUUUCAGGGUCCCAACAGGAUAUGAAAAGUGACAUGGGUAUUGUAUUGCAUUCAAGAGUUGGAAGUUCUGAAGGUUUAGCAUUUGGUGCUCCAGGCUCUAAUCAAGGUGGUAGCAACUUGCCUUUGAAGGGUUGGCCUCUCACAGGCCUCGAUCAGCUUAGGCCGAGCCUUUUGCAAGCACAAAAGUCAUUUGUACAGUCACAACAACAAUACCAAACACUUCAAAUGCUUACCCCUCAACAUCAACAACUUCUCUUGCAUGCUCAGGCCCAGUCAAACCUGAACUCUGCUUCUGCUGCAGAAGUUGAUAGCCAAAAACUAAGAAUGCUUCUCAGUGCUAGAACCUGCUCUUCUGGAAAAGAUGGUUUAUCCAACUCUGUAGGGGACAUGAUGCCGAACAUUGGAUCCCUGAUACAAGGUGGAUCACCUGUUUUACCUAGAGGAGAUGCAGAUAUGCUCAUCAAGUUAAAGAUGGCUCAGUUUGAGCUCCAGCAACAGCAAAGCAACAAUCAGCAACGACCGCUCCAACAUCAGGCACCAUUGAGUAACCAGUCUCAGAAUUCAGUACCUCCUCUACAUCAAUAUGAAAAAAUUGUUGGCAGUUUUGAGGAUGGCAAUUUGUCAAACUCUUUCCGUGGGAAUGAUCAGAUGGGUUCAAAGAAUCAAAGUGGAAGAAAAAGAAAACAGACUGUAUCAACUUGUGGUCCUGCAAAUAGCUCUGGAACAGGAAACACUGCAGGGCCUUCCCCAAGUUCAGCACCAUCUACACCAUCUAUCCAUACAUCAGGGGAUGCAAUCCCCAUGCCUGCAUCCAAGAAUUUGAUUUUGUUUGGUUCUGAUGGAUGUGGAACUCUUACUUCCUCUUCUAAUCAUCUAGUCUCAAUGUGUGAUGGCAGCAUUGAUUUGCAGGUAGAUAUCGAUAGAAUUGAAGGAGAUGGAUCUCUGGAUGAUAAUGUGGAUUCCUUUCUUUCUCAUGAUGAUGCUGAUCCUAGAGAUCCUGUUGGACGAAAUACAGAUACCAGCAAGAGUAAUGGAAUUAGCUUCAACAUGAUUGCUUCUAUCCCGGCAAGUACCUCCAAAGUUGUCUGUUGCCAUUUCUCACCAGAUGGAAAACUACUUGCAAGUGCCGGGCAUGAGAAGAAGGCUGUGUUGUGGAACACGGACACUUUCAAACCCAAGAGUUCUUUGGAAGAGCAUUCCUUGUUGAUUACUGAUGUGCGCUUUAGCUCCACUAACCGGUUGGCUACCUCAUCCUUCGACAGAACAGUCAGGGUCUGGGAUGUAGACAAUCCAAGCUAUUCUCUGCGCACUUUUACCGGACAUAUUGCUUCAGUGAUGUCUCUUGAUUUCCAUCCAAACAAUGAGGAUCUCAUCUGUUCAUGUGAUGGUGAUGGUGAAAUCCGUUAUUGGAGCAUCACGAAAGGGAUAUGCACUAGGCAAUUUAAGGGUGGCGUAAGUCAGAUGAGGUUUCAGCCACAUGUUGGGAGGUUGCUCGCAGCUGCUGCUGAGAAUGUUGUGUCAAUACUCGAUGUUGAAAGCCAAGUCUGUUGCCACUCUUUACAGGGGCAUUCAAAACCUGUUCAUUCUCUUUGUUGGGAUCAAUCCGGGGAUUAUGUAGCAUCAGCAAGCGAGGACUCUGUUAGGGUUUGGGCUGUUGGUGGUAGAAGCAGAGGUGAAUGUGUGCAUGAGCUAAGCUGUCACGGCAAUAAGUUCCAUUCAUGUGUAUUCCAUCCUAUAUAUCCAUCACUGCUGGUAGUUGGAUGUUAUCAGUCCUUGGAACUGUGGGACAUGUCUGAGGGAAAGUGUAUGACCGUUCCAGCACAUGAAGGUUUGGUUGCGGCAUUGGCGGCAUCUAAUGUGACGGGCACGGUGGCUUCUGCUAGUCAUGACAAGCAUGUAAAGAUUUGGAAGUGAUAGGCUUCUGUCAUGCAUGGCUACCUCGUUUUGUCACAAAUAUAGAACAAUGAGAAGUGAUGGGUUUCUCUUUGUCACUUAUACAUAGCAAAUGAGAUGAACAAUUAAAAUUUGUAUGGAAAGGCAAAUGAUAUAUGCAUUUGCAUUUUGUAUCUAUUAUAUUUGUUACAACCUGUAAUUUAUCAAUACAAAAUAUCUUUCGCUUGUUGCCUCA